AUGACCUCGUCAUCACCCAUCACCUUUGACUUUUACAACAACCCCCACGGCGCUAUCGGACAACCCUCACCCAGUAUCGCGAACGAUUCGUCCCUCCCGCAAGUCGACUAUACGUCUAUGGCAACACACCCACAAGGCGUGUGGCACACGCAUCAUCCCCAGUUGCCUCCUAAAACACCCGCCCAUGGCGAGCGCGGUGACGUUAGCCAUCCCAGACCUGAAGACGAAGCAUGGGACAGGAUAACGCUCUCUGCGCAUGUUCACAGCCAGGGGUGGGGCGGCAGUCCUAACCCGGUUAUGGUGGAUAGACCAAAGACGGGGGCGAUACCUGGAUACCAGCCUUUCAUCGAUAAUGUUGCCUCGCCACUCUCCACACCAGCGUACAGGGCGCCUCAAGGCGCGUUCUAUAUCCCAUCACCCAAACAAGCGCCCCCCACACCGACUCAACAGCCUGCGCGGACUGCGAACGAUACCGUCAUGGAUGUCGCUCGCCACCUCGACUCUCUCCGCGGCCUUCUUGGACCGCUCAUAAGCGAAGCCGAUCAAGUAGAGAAGCUGAAGAAGGAGGUGGAGAUGUGGAAGGGCGAGUGGAGUAAAGGGGAGAAGGAUAGGAGGGGGUUGGAAGAGAGGAUAGGCGUGUUGGAGGUGGAGAAGAGUGCUAAAAAGCCUGUUGGACCGAUGUUUACUGCAGUGUUGAUCGAUGGCGAUGGGCUCAUUUUUCGAGACUCGUACCAACAAAGCGGAUUCGCAGGAGGCCAACUCGCCGCACGCCACCUCCUCACUUCCAUCCCCAACCUAUCCUCCCCAACUUCCUCCGACUCUGCCGAAGAGGUCACGCUCGAUAUCAACGGUCUACGUAUCGGGGACAGUGAUACCAAGGCGGGCGGACAAGAUGGUGUGGAGGAUGAUAUGGGCGUGAAAGAGUUGAAAAGUAUAGUCGUGCAGGUGUUUUUGAACAAGGCCGGGCUCGGCGGGGCUUUGUUGAAGGCCGGUAUCAUACCCAGCUGGACAGUAUAUGAACAGUUCUGGCAAGGUUUCUCGUCAUCGCACGAACUUUUCACCGUCUGUGACGUUGGGCCCGGUAAGGAGGGCUCUGACGCCAAGAUUCGAGAGUAUCUCAAGCUGUACUCUAGAAACGCGCAAUGCGAGUCUAUCAUCCUCGGUGCAUCGCACGAUAAUGGCUAUGCCAACGUCCUCUCUUCACUGAACACUGAAUCACGCCUCUCAAACCUCCUCCUCCUCAAGGGCUACAACACCCUCGCCCAUCAACUCCGGGCUUAUUCCAGCCGGGUCGUCUCGAUUCCUGAUCUGUUCAGGCAGGAAAAGGUGCCGUACGUGCAUGGAGUUGCGCCAAAGGAAAAGGAAAAGGAAAAGGAAAAGGAAAAGGAAAAGGAAAAGGCGGAGAAGGAACCUAUUCAGAUAGUCGAGAAGAAGGUUGUACCAGGAUCCACAUCCUUCUCCUCUAUCGUCGCUGCUUCCAGCAAGCCCUCACCCUCCUCCCAGCCCACAAAACCCACCAAAAAAGCUCCUGUAGCCACCCCCAUACCCGGCCCGCCCUCUCCUUCAUACUCGAGCGAGUCGGAGGAUGCGGAACUAGAAGUGUAUCACUGGGGCUCUGGGGUGCAGUCACGAGGUGCGGAUGGUUCAGAGACGAGCAAUUCGCCAGAGAAGGCGGUUUCGGCAAAGAAGGUUGUCAAAAAGCAAGCAGGGGCAAAGCCUGGGAAAGUGGGAGUGAAGGGAGAAGAGGUGGAGAGUUCGAAGAAGGCUAUAAAGAACAAGAGGGAGGCGCAGGAAUAUGUUAGGAGUCUUCAUCCUCGGCCUUGCCAUACGCACUUUCUCGGCGCCAAAGGCUGCACCAACGAUAACUGCCACUACAGCCACGCUUACUCUCUCAGCUCGCUCCACCUCGAAGAACUUGCGCGACUGGCAAAGUGCAUCAUGUGCCCGUAUGUGAAGAGUGGCAAGUGCAAGUAUGGAGAUGCGGCGUGCGUUUAUGGGCAUCGGUGCCCGAACCCGGAAGCUUGUGUCUUCGGCGAUACCUGUCGUUUCUAUGAGCUUCCCAAUGGUCAUGGCGAACUGGAUUAA